AUGGACCAACGUGACGCCACAAUCUCCAGGCUCAAGCGCGAUCUUGAGGUUUCGCACUUGUUCAACAGGGGUGUCCUCAGCUCAAAUCAGGAACAGAAGGACCGCAUCGUCGAGCUUGAGGCCGAAAACGCGAUCCUCCGGACGACGGAGAGCAAGCUCGCCGCCCUCGAGGAAGCUUUCGAGGAGCAGGAGAAGCGGACCCAGCGCGCCGAGAACGUCCUGGCUGAUGCGCGGAGGCGCGCAGCAAGUUGUCUGAAGUCGCUCAAGAAUGCCGAGGAGGGACGUGAGCUGGCUGAACGCGAUGCGGCGUACUGGCACGGCAGGUCUGAGUGUCUGGCCGAAGCUGCGGCGCAGGCGCAAAGCAUCUUCGAGGAUGCCAUGGCUGCCGUGGCUGCGCCCCCAAAGCGGACAACGGAGCGCUUCACGCUUGCCUUACCCGGCGUCGCUCAAGCACAAACCGCACCCCCAGCCCUAGCCGUUGAAAGGGCGCGCGCCUCGACCUCGGAGUCGUCACGACCCGUCAUGCACCGUCGCAAACGCUUACGGACAACCGACGAUGAGGAUAACGGUUCCGUGAAAGCAUCACCUCCGACCGCACGUAGGUUGUUCACGAACAUGGGGAACGGCAAGACGAAGGAAUCCAGGUUGGCGACAGAGUCGGGCGAAGAAGAUAGCCCAUACUCGAGUCCACCUGGCGUAACGGGCAAGAAAAGGGGUGAAAUACCGGACAGCGAAUACUUACCCGCCAAAGGCAAGGGCGUGGCUACCAGUACCGAUCCCCCGCCCGUCACGCGGCGAAAAGGCCGCCAUUCGUCUCCUCUACCACGCCGGGCAACUGUCCCGAAGGCACGAGCGCCAGCGACUGCUCCGCGAAUACGCCGACCUCAACCUCCGCCCGAACCCACACCCGAAUCAGACAUCGCGAUCAAGAGCGAGCCGGAGAGUGACUCUGACCCGCUCGACCGUUGGGACGACUAG